GGCGCCAGCAGGGAACUACGCUGCCGAGUGAUGGCUGAAGGUAGCUGGAGCUGCUUCCUUGUUCCCGGGCGGACGGAGGGGAGGCACCAGCGGGCACUGACACCCCUCCCGGGCAGGUGCAGCGCCUUGGGCGCGCCGGGGACAUUGGAGCGGCACCUGCGCCCGUGUGCGGAGGCGGUGCCGGUGGCGGAACCGCGCCCCUCGGGACACGGCCGCGCCCGUCAGCACGGCCCGCGCACCGCCCACGGCUUGUGUAACGCUCGGGUCCGCGUGGCUGCCCGGGAGGGAUCGGCAGCGGGAUCGGCACCCGGACCCGGACCGGAACCCAGCGCGGCCACGCUGCUCCGGGCGCUGCUGAGGAUGCGGCGGGGACACGGGAAGCGAAAGGCCGAGGCCACGGAGCUGCCGCGCGUGUCCCGGAGGAGGACGGAGGGAGAGGAGGCCAUACAGGAGGCCCGUCGGAGGGCGGCCCCGUCCGUUCGAGAGUUCAAGUACAACAAAAAGCGGGUUCGCCUUGUCUCGCAGGGCUCGGACCUGAAGGAUGAUGCUCGGUGCAUCCUUUACUGGAUGUGCCGGGAUCAGCGAGUGCAAGAUAACUGGGCUUUCCUCUACGCCCAGCGCCUGGCCCUCAAACAGGAGCUGCCUCUGCACGUCUGCUUCUGCUUGGUGCCCAAAUUUCUGGAGGCCACCAUCCGCCACUACAGGUUCAUGCUGAGGGGCCUACAGGAGGUAGCGGAGGAGUGUGCAGAGCUGAACAUCUCCUUCCACUUGCUGCUGGGCUAUGCCAAGGACGUGCUGCCCGCGUUUGUGACGGAGCAUGGCGUGGGCGGGCUGGUGACAGACUUCAGUCCCCUCCGCCUCCCCCGGCAGUGGGUAGAGGACGUCAGGGAACGCUUGCCAGAGGAUGUGCCAUUUGCACAGGUUGAUGCCCACAACAUCGUGCCCUGCUGGGUUGCCUCCCUCAAGCAGGAGUACAGCGCCAAGACCAUCCGGGGCAAGAUCCACGCUCAGCUCCCCGAGUUCCUCACCGAGUUUCCCCCUGUUGUUCGUCACCCACAUUCGCCCUCCUGCCCAGCAGAGCCCAUUGCUUGGGAGGCCUGUUAUUCCAGCUUGCAGGUGGACCACAGCGUGAAGGAGGUGGAGUGGGCAACCCCUGGCACAGCUGCAGGGAUGGCUGUGCUGAAGUCCUUCAUUGCAGAGCGGCUGAAAUCCUUCAGCACCCACAGGAAUGAUCCCAACAAGGCAGCUCUCAGCAACCUGUCCCCGUGGCUUCACUUUGGCCAGGUUUCCACCCAAAGAGCCAUCCUGGAGGUGCAGAAGCACCGGCGCAAUUACAAGGACUCAGUGGCUGCAUUUGUGGAGGAGGCUGUGGUGCGCAGGGAGCUGGCUGAAAACUUCUGCUACUACAAUGAGAACUACGACAGCGUGCAGGGUAACAUCCUGGGUCACGUGGGCCAUGCUGGGUACCCAGCUGGUCACUCCAGCUUGGCAAGGAGAAGGGCUGUGGGGGCACUAAUGUCCCAUCAUUUGGUCUCUUCUGGAGGUGCCUAUGACUGGGCACAAACCACCCUGAGGCUCCACGCCAAAGACAAGAGGCCUUAUCUGUACAGUCUGCAGGAGCUGGAGCAGGGGACCACACAUGACCCACUCUGGAAUGCUGCCCAGCUGCAGAUGGUCCAGGAGGGCAAGAUGCAUGGCUUCCUGCGGAUGUACUGGGCCAAGAAGAUCCUGGAGUGGACGCGCUCCCCUGAGGAGGCCCUGCAGUUUGCCAUCUACCUCAACGACCGCUACGAGCUGGACGGGAGGGACCCCAAUGGAUACGUAGGCUGCCUGUGGUCCAUCUGCGGCAUUCACGACCAGGGCUGGGCGGAGCGGCCCAUCUUUGGGAAGAUUCGCUACAUGAACUACGCCGGCUGCAAGCGCAAGUUCGAUGUGGGCCAGUUCGAGCGUCGCUAUGCCCCCACACCCUCCCAGCUGUGAGACCCUCUGGGCUGGGCAGAUGGGCCUUUGCCGAGCUGCCAGCUCGCAGGGAUCGCCCUGGCAUGUCAAAGGACUCCCUGUAGCAGCAGGAGCUCCAGGGUUUUGCAGGUCUUUGCCAUCACCCACUGCCCGAGUUGCCACACUGGAGCUGCUGGAGCCCUUCUGCUGCCACUAGUUUGCUGGCAGCUGUGAGAGCCCAUCCUCAGUACGCCUGUGCCUGCCAGAAACCUUUCUACAGCCAAGGCCUCAGGAGUAGCCCAGGUCACCAUUGCUGCUGGAAACCACAGCUGAGAUCCGGGCUAAGCAGGGUGUUUCUAGGGAAAAGCCCCCAGGCAGAGGCUCUUUGUGGAGCCAGUGCUGGGCUGUCAUCUUUCCAGGUUUUUUUUUAAAGUUUACAGUUUCUA